AUGUCUACAGGUGUAUUGCCAUUUGUAAAAGGAAUCGAUUUCUCAUACAAUGAUUUUUCGGGUGAUCGCUUUCCGGUAGAAGUUGAACAGAUGACGCAAAUGACAUGGCUAAAGUUGAACCAUGCUUGCUUGGAAAGGGUACCAGAUGAAUUAUCACGAUUAACAAACCUCGAGCAUCUGCAAAUGACAUGUAAUACAUUAUCAAGUGUUCAUGGAGAACUUUCCGACUUACCACGCUUACGUUCCGUUAUCGUACGGCAUAAUCAAAUCAAAACAUCAGGUAUCCCUACUGAUAUAUUUCGAAUGAAGGAUUUAACAAUAAUAGACUUCAGUCACAAUACUCUUCGUGAAGUACCACCAAAUUUGGAGUACGCAAAAUGUGCUAUUGUACUGAAUUUAAGCCACAAUAACAUCGAAAAUAUACCAAAUGCAGUAUUUUCGAAUCUGAUCGAUCUUUUAUAUCUGAAUCUCAAUAAUAACAAGCUGGAAAUGCUUCCUCCUCAAAUACGCAGAUUGACGACAUUACAAGUCCUCCGACUGUCUAAUAAUCCAUUACAUCAUUUUCAGUUAAAACAGCUUCCCAGCAUGAAAGCUUUACGAGUAUUACAUAUGAGCAAUACUUCGCGUACUCUGGAAAAUAUCCCUCCUACGUUGGACGAUUUGGAUAGCUUGCAGGAUGUUGAUUUUUCUCAUAACAAUUUACCGGAAGUGCCAGAUUGCUUGUAUAAAUUGAAGAAACUACGAAAGCUUGAUAUCAGUCACAAUCAGAUUCAAAAAAUUGAAUCAAAAGACACACCAUGGGAAAACUUGGAAACACUGAAUGUUUCUUCUAAUCGGUUAAAAGCCUUACCUGAGAGCAUUGUACGAAUGGUUAAAUUGCAAAGGUUAUAUGCUAGCGACAAUCAGCUGACCUUCGAUGGUAUUCCAAGUGGUAUCGGGAAAUUAGUUCAGUUGCAAGUAUUAUAUUUAUCAUACAAUCAAUUGGAAUUGAUACCAGAGGGUGUUAGUCGCUGUGUGCGUUUGCACCGUUUAAAACUAGACAAUAAUAAGCUAAUAACCCUGCCAGACUCGAUUCAUCUAUUGCCAGACCUAAAACAGCUCGAUUUGCACAAUAAUGACGGACUUGUAAUGCCACCCAAACCAAACGAAGAAAACCGGACGUUGGCCUUUUAUAAUAUCGAUUUUUCUUUAGCAAAUCAGAUGAAGCUUGCUGGGCAGAGUCCAUCAUCGUCAGUGAGUUCAGUUCCCAGUUCGGCAACUCAAAAGGAUCCAGUUGCGAGAAAAAAAGAGUUUUUACGUCGACGUCGAAUGCAGGCUGACAGUGAGGGUGCGAAUAAAGUUAUUGAGUUCCCGGAAGGCAUGUACAUUCUUUUUACAUUCUUUGGUAAUAAAUAA